GUGCGUACAACUUUUGUCUUACGAGAUCAACGCCUUAAAUAAAAAAAAGGUUCACCCACAACCCAUCGAACGUCUCUUCUCAAUAACUCUCUGCUCUUCUUCUCACAAUUCGCUCACCACGCCCUCCUUCCGUUCCUUCUUCUUCUCGAGCUGCUGGAUUUUUCUUUAUCAGAUACAGUCAAGUCUGCCUCGCAUCUUUUGAAUGAAUGGGACCCAUCAGAGGCUUCAAGCGGAGGAAGAAAUCUUCGGACCAUAAGGUUGACCAGAAUGCCUCACCUUCUACUCCUGCUUCAGCUGCUGCUAAGGACCAUGGUGCUUCUGUUCCUUCUCCGACCGAUAAAGCUGUUGAUUGGUGGGACGAUUUCUCCAAGAGGAUCACUGGGGCCAUUGUCUGAAUCAAAGAAUGCAAAGAGCUUUGAGUCCCUUUUCAGAAUUUCAAGGAAGACUUUCAACUACAUAUGUUCCCUAGUGAAGGAUGAUUUGGAAGCUCGGCCUUCUAACAUCUUGGAUCUAAACGGGAAGACAUUAACUCCACAUGAUCAAGUAGCUGUUGCUCUCCGCAGGCUGAGUUCAGGUGAGUCAUUAGCAAGCACAGGUAACGCCCUGGGAAUCAACCAAUCAACUGUUUCCCAAAUAACCUGGAGAUUCGUGGAAGCAAUGGAGGCAAAGGCAGUCCACCAUCUCCAGUGGCCAGCAUCAGAAGCAGAGAUGGAGCAGAUCAAGAACAAGUUCAUGAAAAUCCGCGGCCUCCCCAAUUGUUGCGGUGUAAUAGACGCUACACAUGUUCUCAUGACUGUUCCUACAGUCAACCAUUCACAUGAAGUGUGGCUUGAUCGAGAGAAGAAGUUCAGCAUGGUAAUGCAAGCAGUGGUGGACCCCGACAUGAGAUUCCGUGAUGUGAUCGUUGGGUAUCCAGGAAGCUUGAGCGAUGCUGUCAUCCUCCAGAGCUCAGGUUUCUUCAAACUAUGUGAAGAAGGCAAACGAUUGAACGGCAAGAAGAAGGAGCUGAUGGAAGGGACAGAGUUGGGUGAAUACAUUGUAGGGGAUGCAGGGUUCCCAUUGCUGCCAUGGCUCAUUACCCCGUUCCAGCAUGCUGUCCCGGGUCAUCAGGUCGAUUUCAACAAGCGGCAUUCUGCAACACGCUCGGUUGCAAAGAUUGCACUGGCGAGACUGAAGGAGAUGUGGAGGAUAAUCCACGGUGUGAUGUGGCUGCCUGAUAAGAACAAGUUGCCUAGGAUCAUCUUUGUUUGCUGCUUGCUGCAUAACAUUUUGAUUGACAUGGAGGAUAAGGAGCUGAAUGGAGUUCCUUCCUCUAGAGAUCAUGACCCGGAUUACAGACAGCAGUUCUGUGAGUCGGUCUCAGAGCCUGGUAGUGAGAUCAGAGAGAAACUCUCUCUAUACUUGUCCAGAAAGCCUCCACCUUGAUAAGAAACCAGUCUUGGUGGGACUUCUUCUUUCUGCCAACAGUGUUUCCUCUGACAUACAGGUUUUGAUAGUUACUAUAAAGAUUGGUGAACCAUUGAACAUGGGUUCUCAUUUUUUUCCUCAAUUGUCCAUGUUGAAUAGACAGACACAUUGUUGGCCUUUUACUUCUGUCUCUUUCAAUUGUUGUAGAAGGAAGUAUUUGUGUUGAAUUCCAUUUUUUUGUUGUAAUUAUGGAUAAGGAGUUGUUUGACCAAUCAUGUAAUGCUUUCCAUCAGG